AUGUCUUCUUCAGCUUCCACAGACCUUCGGGUCCUCACCCGGAAGCUCACAUCCAUCCCGCCGGCGCAGCUCCCUCACUCUCUCCCUUCUCUCAUCCGCCAUGUCCUUCGAUGCCGCGAUGCGCUAUCCGCCCCUCAGGACCCAAAGGCCAAAGGCGAUGCGUCUCAGACUUCCAUGCUUGUGCACAAGCUCAAGACUAGCAUUACCACCCACCUGAACGGCCGAAGUCGCGAGGGUAGAUUCGCUGCCAUUGGCCUAAUCAAGGCUGCUGUCGACGUUGGUGGCUGGGAAACUCUCCGCGGCUCUGAGGCUUGGGUGCGCGGACUGCUCUCAAUUGUACAGAAAGCCGACCCUGCGGCGUCCAAAGAACUAGCAGUCGUGACUCUCACCAAGAUUUUCAUGCUGGUUCAUCCUUACCAAACCCUCGUGCGAGAGGUCGCCACGCCUUUUCUCCCUACUUUUGGCACGGCAUGCCUGCAGCUCCUCAAGACAAAGUCUGAAUCUACGCCUAUGACUUUGAUUGAAACCAUAUGCAGCUCAUUUUCAACCCUGAUCCCCCUAUACCCCCCUACCUUUCGCCCUUUCAGCGCUCAAGUCCGGGCCGCCGUCGGAGUGUACCUUGCGCCAACUUGUUCAGAUGAAAUCUCCGUCCCGGAGUCUCUACAGCGAGCUGCCAGGCGUCUAGUGGCCUCGCUUCACUUCGUUGCGGCCAAGUCAGGCGGCAGUGAUGAAUGGGCAAAGCUUGUCGAUGGUAUCCUUCAAGAAUUUCACGCCACCACUGACCAAGUCCUUCGAGCUGUCGAUGAGUCUUGGGAGGCGACCAGCGGUCGCUCACGAACCAAAGUCGAUGUUGAUGGAGAACCAAAGGGCCAAGGCAGCUCUGCUGAGCAUCUGCCUUCCUGGUCUGGCCUCGAGGCUGGCGCUGACCGGUUAAUUGGGCUCUUCCAGUUCUUGGCUGAUUUGCUGAGCUACCCUACCAAGGCUGCGGUUGCCAUCCCACUCAGCGGCCUGGUCGACACCAUAUCAAGAGUUUGCCUGGUCGCUCGGCUCUCAAAGUCCCAAACCUGGGAACAGGCUGUCGAAACUAACCCAGCCAUUGGCAGAGAAGAAAAGGAGGAGCUGUGGAGCUUAAUGCCUGAUAUCCAUGUGGCGGCAAUGAAGCUCGUUAUCGCUCUGUUCCAAAGACUUCAAAGGCACAUGUUGCCCUUGGUCCCCGAAAUCUUGGAUCACCUAAUCCGCGUCUUCAAGUCUGGUAUCAGCAUCCCAUCAGUCCGAAUAGCGGGAUACACCACUUUGAACACUAUCCUGCAGCUUGCCGGACCGACGCUAUCAAAAACUGCUGUCGAAAUGUUGGACCCUCUCGUCGGAGCAUGCUGCCGAGACCUACAGCAAGACGCCGGGUUUUUGAAGCCUGCAGAGAAACCCGCUGCCACCACCACCGGUAAAGGCACAAAGAACGGUACCGUAGCAGUCAACACAGACCUCUUCCUUCAACCCCAAGCAGCAGCAGCCGCCACCGAAGCACCCACCCUGGAAGCCGACCACAGAGACAGAGCCAACGAGCUCCUUACAACCAUCCUAGCCCAACUCCCACAGUCUCAUCUCAAGCCCGCCCUCCGUGGCCACCUCGACAAGACGGCCAUCCUGACACGCAACCGCGAUGCUAUGCUCGCCAGCGUCCUCAACCCCUAUAGAGACCAGCAUGGAAGGAUGUAUCCCAGCAUUCUGCCUCAUUUAUCGCAGCUCUUCCCGCACGAUCAAGGCCUGGAGAUUCUACGCAGCAACCUCCGCACUAGUGCCGUUGCAGGCAGUGGAAGCGAAAUGUUUGCCUCGCUAAGCGAAGUUGCCGAGCUGCAGCAAAUUGAAGAGGAGAAUGAGGAGGUAGACGAAGAGCAACACGAUGAAGAAAUGCAAGAUCAAGAUGAAAAGAAUCAAUCUCCGGAGAAGGCAGCAGCCUCGUCAGACGCCAAAGUCGAUCUACCGAUCCAGAGCACCGCCUCGAUCACCGCACCCAAUCCCUUCGAACCUCGGGCAUCAAACACAGAAAGGGCAGUUUCUCCGCCCAAGAGAAAACACGAGGGGGCUGAAGCCCCCCUGAAUCCCAAGCGACAAGAGCUCGAAAAGAAGGAGCCUGUCGCUGCCUCGGCUCCCGUGGGUGAGGAAAGGGGUGAGGAAGAGUCUGAUAGCGAUAGUGAUGGAAGCGUACACCUUAAUAUGGAGCUGGAGGAGGAUGAGGAGGAUGAGGAUGAACAAGAGUAA